AUGGAGCACCCGACCUGCUCAAUUUAACUUCUGCCUUUCAAUUUCCCAUCCAAAAAUUUUGUUAUCUGCAAUUUACAAAAUUAUUUAAGCUGGCAUUUCGAAUACCAGUUAUGGUCUGUAUGAUGUUCCAAUGCCCCAACUUUGAAAAAGAAUUAAUUUUGUCUGCAAUUUACAAAAUUAUUUAACCUGGCAUUUCGAAUACCAGUUAUGGUCUGUAUGAUGUUCCAAUACCCCAACCUUGAAAAAGAAUUAAUUUUGUCUGCAAUUUUCAAAACUAUUUAAGUUGGCAUUUCGAAUGAGUCAUGGUGACCUCGCUCAAGCAGGGAGUCGGGCGUAACAAGACGUUGUCAAAGCUUUCAAGUCCUUGUCCGACUCCCUCAUUAUAAUUCGAAACGCUCAAGCGGGUGCUGUGGUCAUUUCCGCAUUACUACAAGAACAAUGCAAACAGAGGAGCAAUGCAGUUCGGAAUUAGAAUUCCGGCAGCGAAAUCAAGUGGAAUUGAAGAACAUCUCAAUUCUUGAGAAAAAAUUAGCAGAACUGAUGCAAAGCAGAGGGUGGUUGGACCCUAGCGUGAGAGGAGCCCGGAUUAGCCUCAGAGACGCCUACGAACGCCUGUUUCUCACCUUGCCGUCUGGGAAGGCCUCGGAAAUGGAGCAGAACCUUUGGCGCUUACAUUAUAUCGGUAUCCAAGAGUUUCGCUCCAAAAUCCGCAACCUUGCUCCUUCAUCCAAGCGCAAGGCCAACCGUGACAAUCUCUCCCGUGUGGUCAAUUCGUUCAAAGCUUUUCUGGACGAGGCCUCCGGUUAUUUUCACUCCCUUAUUGUUAAAUUGAGGGUAAAACACGCUCUUCCUCCCUCUGCCUCGCCAGGGGAGGGCUUAAUGUGUUUGAAAGACCAGGCUUCCAAUCCCUGCGCCGUUUCCUGUCACAGACUAUUUAUCUAUUUGGGGGAUUUGGCAAGAUACAAGGAGCUCUUUGCAGUAGACAAUGCGAAAGAUCGUGACUGGACUGUUGCUGCCAAUUAUUACAAGCAAGCCGCGGCGCUCUGCCCCUCUAGCGGCAAUCCGCAUAACCAGUUGGCAGUGUUGGCAGCAUAUACUGGGAACACGCUAGGUGCAAUAUAUUAUUACUGCCGUAGUCUUGCUGUUGAAGUACCAUUUGUAACUGCCAGGGAUAAUCUGACAAUGUUGCUUGAAAAGAAAAGAUGUCAUGCUUGCAAAAUUUCUUGUACAGUUGAAGGAUCAGGACAACUUCCUUAUCUUGUUUCUGCAGCUGAGAAAGAAGGUUUGAAUUUUAGAGGUCUAUCUCAUUUGGUGUGGAAUAGAGAAAAUUCUCCAAUAACGACCAAAGGAUAUUCAAGUGCUUUGGCCAUUAAGGAACUAUGGGAGUGCUUCCAAGUUCAUUUGAUGCAAAUUAUCAGCUGCAUUUUGACAAAAUCCAGUCUUGAGGAGCUGGAGGAUGCAGCAUCCAAGUCAGAGAAUGUGUUGCAACAACUGUUCAGCCAUAGCAUAAAUGAAUUGGAGUCGGCCUUUCCACCAAAGACAUCAUACUCCGCUGGAGGUAGCAUUGUGAGAAAUAUUCCUAUCCUUGAAGUCAUAGUUGUUAUCAUCUUUCUUUUCCAUGACUCACAUAAUCCACUUCAGAAUACUGUCACUACAUCAGGUACCUCAAGUAUGUCUAUCUUGUUCAGGUUUUGUUCUCUUAUUGCAUCACUUCUAGUUAAACAGGCUAAACAGUCUGAUGGAAAUGCACCGAGUCUAUUAUUUCCUGGAAUGAUUGUGUUUAUGGACUGGACUGCCUCCCAAUCAAGUAUUCUGAAAAAUAUCAUGGUUGAUUCAAGCAUAUUAAAAGGAUUACUUGAAUUUAUGUGGGAAGCUGAAUCACUGAGAACAAUGUUGAAGAAGCAACAAAUUGGGACAGGGAAGGCUACUGCAUAUUCUGUUCUAGAUCUUCCAUGUGAAGCUACAGGUCAAAAUGCAACAUGGGAGGAUUAUGAAUUGCUGGGAUUUUUUCCUCUUUCAUCUGCUUACAAGAAUCUGGAUUUUAAUAAUCUCUGCAUGACUAGAGAUACUGAAGGUUGUUUCUAUGUGAAGAGGUUCAUAGGUGCUCUGCAUGCUUUUAGUUAUUGCAUGGAAACUGUACAAGUUGGUCUAGAUGCUCACAACCGAGAUGAAGCAAUGGAAUGCAAUGCUAAAAGUGACCCCAUUUCUCUGGAUCAUGCUUACAAUUUAAAAGAGUCAAGUUUUAUUGUGGAUGGAAACCAGUCCACCUCUUUGAAGGACUGGGUUCAAUCUUCAAACAGGAAUGUAAUGCCCACUGAUCUUCCCCCAGUUUCUAAUCAGGGAAUGAUUCUGCCUCCAGAUGUUAAUGAAGACAUAUCUAAUGUCAGCUUAACAUGUCAAGAGGAUUUCCAAUCCUCAAAGGAUGAUAUUUCAAAACCACUUGAGAAAUUUUCAGAUGAAUUGCCUGGAAUUUCCAAGAUACAAGCAACCACAACAAUCACUCUGGAAGAUUCCUUUGUUUGUGUUGCAGAUCAUCCAGUGAAACCUAUUGGAUCCUCACGGGAUGGAAAAAAAUUACAAUCUAAUGUAGAUCAAACGAAGGAUAGAAUACUCCAAAGUAGGGAAGACCCUGUGGAGAGGCCAGAUGACACAUUUAUUUCAAUUGAAAAUUCAAAAGACUCUUUUUCUCUUGCCCAUGGAUCUAAAGUUUGUGGCUGUGAAGGAAUGCCUCUUCAACAUGGAUUGUUUUCUCAUACGUCAGACCAUCCGCCAAUAGCAAUUUUAUGCCCACACUGUGAAAAACAAUUUAAAAUUUCAGAUAUAACUGAAGAAUGCUUACAGAUCAGGCAAGAAGCUGCAAGUAGAGGACAUUGUGUUUCUGUUUCUAACCCUCAUUUAAAACAUCCUGUUUCUACAUGCCAUGAUAACAAUAUUUGUGAAGGUGAUGAUAAAAGAACUGAAGAUGUCAUGAAGAAUACUACUCCAGACAAGUGUGUUGGUAUAAGAUCUUUAAAUUCUACUAAAGUUCACUCAUCCCAACUAUACUCUAAUGAUAAAACACAACAUGCAGAGAACGUGCGAUGGCUUGAUAACUACACGCAUACUAAACCUUCAAGUGUCAGAGGAACCUGGACAAGUUGGUAUCACAGUAACAAGAACAAAAGGACAGAUACUUGCAUCUAUAAUACGAUUUUUAAUGCCCAAACAAUGGAGCAAUACAAAUCUAAGAAAUUAUGUAUAAGGAAAUGAAGUGACCAAUUUGAUUAAAGCAGAGAUGAAUGAUUAGUUUGAAUACCCUAUCGGAAUGUAUUAUUGUCCGCACUUUUGUAAGUAAAACAACUAUUUAAAAUUCUCUUACUUCCAAUAUUCUUGGAUGAUAAUUCCUUGUGCAUCUA